GGAGCAGCAGGAUGGAGGUGAGGAGCCCUCACCUCCCACCUCCACCUCCGAGCUGCCCUCCCCAAACGCUGUGGCCCCCCCGGCCCCCUACAGCAGGACCUUCACCGGCCUGAGGAUCUUCGGCAGGAACCGGAGAGGAUUUCAGGCGGGGUGUUUCUGCGAUCAUCAUGGACACUUUCUUCCGGCGGCACUUUAUGAGGAAGGACGCGGCGCUGCAGGCCGGCCCGCAGCGGAGGCCCAGCGUUGCCAUACCGACCAGCAAGGCUCGGCGCCGGUCCAAUGCCGGCCUGCCAUCCUGCACCCUGACACAGCGCCGUCGCUCCAGUGCUCACCUGCAGGCGGCGCCCUGCGUGGGGGGCGGGCGCCUGGUGAGGCCCGACAGCUGCAUCAGGGGGGCGGGGCCUGUGCGGCGGCGCUCCAGCACCACAACACCCAGCCGCAACCCCAGGUUCGCGGUGUGCAGGGGGAAGGCGGGGAAGGCAGGGAAGCCGUGCAUCACCCCCCUGCUGGGGCCCUCCAUGCUGCUGGGGCCCUCCAUGCUGCUGGCCAGCCUCAUGAUGGCCGAGGAGGAGGAGGAGGGCGGGGGGCAGGGGGCGGAGCUUCCUGCAGAGGAGCAGCAGGUGGUGCUGAGGGGUGGAGCCAGCCUCCAUUCAGACAGCAGCGACUACGACAGCCAAUCAGAGGCCAGCCAGCUGUCAGAGGCGGAGCCGAUAGAGGACUAUGCCUCCUCAUCCUCCUGCCGGGCCCUGCAUGUGGUGAGAGAGACCCCCGCUUCACGGCCCCUGAUCCGGACUCCCCGCUGUCUGCGUAGGAACUCCUCUCAGCUGUUGGCAGGAGACUCGGCCCCCUCCAGACGCUCCGUCCACAGGAAGAGGAGGAGAAUCUCCACCAUCUCCAAGGCCGGGAGCCCCUGGCCGGGGAGGGGCCCCCCUCUGCCCAACCGCAGGACCUCUGUCUGCCACUAUCCGCCGGUCUGCAGGAGACCCGGACCCCUGAGCCCGCUGGGGCCCCGCAGCUACCACCAGCACCUACUGCUGAAAGCCUUAGUGAAGACGGGUCUGCCGCUUGAGGCGCCUGACGAGGCGGCGCCCGGAAACAGCGACGCUCUAAAGGAGCCAAGCAGCACCGUGGACUGGAGCGAAAACGCUCUGUUCGGAGAUCACAUCUGGUUUGAGACGAGUGGCUCCGGAGACUUCUGCUACGUUGGAGAGCAAUACUGCAUCGCUAAAUCUCUGCAGAAGUCCGUGUCGAGGAAGAAGUGUGCCGGCUGUAAGAUCUCCGUCCACAGCCUGUGCAUGGAGCAGCUGGGGAAGGUGCGUCUCUCAGACCCUUCAUCUUCUCUCACGCCUUCCUGUCUCUGUCCUCACCGUCUCCUCUGUGUUCAGAUCAACUUCAGGUGCAAGCCGUCCUUCAGAGAGCCAGCGUCUCGAGCCGUGAGGGAGUCCAAUGUGGUGCGGCACCACUGGGUCCACCGGAGGCGUCAGACAGGGAGGUGUCGGCAAUGUGGGAAGGGGUUUCAGCAGAAGUUCUCCUUCCACAGCAAAGAGAUUGUGGCCAUCAGCUGCUCGUGGUGCAAACAGGCGUACCACAACAAGGUGACGUGCUUCAUGCUGCAGCAGAUCGAGGAGUGCUGCUCUCUUGGUGCUCACGCUGCUGUCAUCGUCCCGCCCACUUGGAUCAUCAGGGUCCGCAAAACACAGACGUCUCUAAAGUCGAGUAAAAAGAAGAAACGUACGUCGCUGAAAUGCAACAAGUUGAGCAAGAAGGGAUCUGAGGUCCAGGACGGCCGCUGGAAGCCCUUCAUGGUGAAGCCGGUCCCCUCUCAGCUGAUGAAGCCACUGCUGGUGUUCGUCAACCCGAAGAGCGGGGGCAACCAGGGAGCUAAGAUCAUCCAGUCCUUCAUGUGGUACCUGAACCCCCGGCAGGUGUUUGACCUGACCAAAGGGGGGCCCAGAGAGGGGCUGGAGCUGUACGCCAGGGUGCCCAAUCUGAGGAUCCUGGCCUGUGGGGGGGACGGCACGGUGGGGUGGAUCUUGUCGGUGUUGGAUGAGCUGAAGUUGAGUCCUCAGCCUCCGGUGAGCAUCCUCCCUCUGGGAACAGGCAACGACCUCGCUCGGACGCUGAACUGGGGAGGGGGUUACACCGAUGAGCCCAUCACUAAGAUCCUGUCCCACGUGGAGGACGGGAGCGUGGUGCAGCUGGACCGCUGGAGCCUGAACGUGGAGGUCAACCCCGAGGCCCGGCCCGAGGACGGCGACGAGCAUCAGACCGACAAGCUGCCCAUUGACGUCUUCAACAACUACUUCAGCCUGGGCUUCGAUGCUCACGUCACGCUGGGCUUUCAUGAAUCCAGAGAGGCUAACCCCGAGAAGUUCAACAGCCGCUUUAGGAACAAGAUGUUCUACGCCGGGACGGCCUUCUCAGAUUUCCUGAGCGGGAGUUCAAAGGACCUCGCCAAACACAUCAGGGUGGUGUGUGACGGCACCGACCUCACGGCUAAAGUCCAGGAUCUGAAGCUCCAGUGUCUGCUCUUCCUCAACAUCCCCCGGUACUGUGCAGGCACUGCGCCCUGGGGUCACCCUGGCGACCAUCAGGACUUUGAGCCUCAGCGCCAUGACGACGGCUGCAUCGAGGUCAUCGGCUUCACCAUGACGUCUCUGGCCACGCUGCAGAUGGGGGGGCACGGCGAGCGCCUCCACCAGUGUAAGGAGGUGACCCUCUCCACCUUCAAGUCCAUCCCCAUGCAGGUUGACGGGGAGCCCUGCCGGCUGGCCCCAUCCAUCAUCAGCAUCCGGCUGCGCAGCCAGGCCAGCAUGGUGCAGAAGACCAAGAGGAGGGUCUGCAUGCCCCCCCUCAACGAUCAGCAGCUGCUCCCUGAUGCUCUGCAGAUCCGUGUGAACAGGAUCAGCAUGGCGGCGUACGAAGCGCUGCACUACGACAAGGACCAGCUGAAGGAGGCCUCGACUCCUCUCGGGGUGAUCAGCGUCCCCGGAGACAGCGACCUGGAGACCUGCCGGCUGCUGAUCCAGCGCCUGCACGGAGACUCUGAGGACGGAGAGGAGACACAGGGAGAGAAGCUGUCCAUGAAGUGGUGUUUCCUCGACUGUACAACUGCAGACCGGUUCUACAGGAUCGACCGGGCUCAGGAGCACCUGAACUACGUGACGGAGAUCUCCCAGGAGGAGCUCUACAUCCUGGACCCUGAGCUGGUCGCCAAGGAGACAGUUGGCACCUCCCCCGGCAUGCCCGACCUGGUGGGCACUGAGGAGCAGCAGGAGCAGCAGAAGAGGUUUGCCUUCCCCGACUCCCCCAGGGGGAGAGACUUUCAGAGGAAGAGGGUCUCCAGCGACAGCUCCCUGCCAGACAGUCUGUCCCAGAGCUCCUCCAAGACCGUCCUCUGCAGGAGAGGGGCAAAGAUAGUCAAUGUGCAUCGCUCCAACACGACCCUGGCUGAUUUCAGACCCGCCAUUAGCUCCUCCUCUGCUGCCUCUCAGCGCGCUGCAGACUCAGAGCUGAUCGACUGCAUCGAGACCAGAGACCUGACCAGACUAACAGAGCUGCACCUGCAGGGCACUGACCUGCAGGUGCAGGACUCAGCCGGCUGCACGCUGCUGCAUCACGCUGUGCAGGCCGGAGACACCGACGUCCUGCAGUACCUCAUCCAGCACGUGCCCACGUCUCACCUGGACAUCACAGAUAAGGAGAGAGGAGAGACGGCGCUGCAUAAAGCUGCCUCCGCCUCUCAGAGGAGCAUCUGCCACCUGCUGGUGGAGGCCGGGGCCUCGCUCACCAAGACUGACCUGCAGGGCAAGACUCCCAGACACCGGGCGGAGAACAAUCAGGACCCGGAGCUGACGGAGUAUCUGGAGAAGAGGCAGCUGCAGAGGGAGGACCAGGAGACAGCCGUCUGACCUACAUCUGUCCAUCCUCCACCUGUCCCAACCCUGUCCAACCCUCCACCUGUCCAAACCUCCACCUGUCCCCACCCUGUCCAAACCUCCACCUGUCCCCACCCUGUCCAACCCUCCACCUGUCCAAACCUCCACCUGUCCAAACCUCCACCUGUCCCAACCCUGUCCAACCCUCCACCUGUCCAACCCUCCACCUGUCCAACCCUCCACCUGUCCAAACCUCCACCUGUCCCAACCCUGUCCAACCCUCCACCUGUCCCAACCCUGUCCAACCCUCCACCUGUCCAAACUUCCACCUGUCCCAACCCUGUCCAACCCUCCACCUGUCCAAACCUCCACCUGUCCCAACCCUGUCCAAACCUCCACCUGUCCCAACCCUGUCCAACCCUCCACCUGCCCCAACCCUGUCCAACCCUCCACCUGUCCAAACCUCCACCUGUCCCAACCCUGUCCAAAACCUCCACCUGUCCCAACCCUGUCCAACCCUCCACCUGUCCCAACCCUGUCCAACCCUCCACCUGUCCAAACCUCCACCUGUCCCAACCCUGUCCAAACCUCCACCUGUCCCAACCCUGUCCAACCCUCCACCUGUCCAAACUUCCAGCUGUUCCAACCCUGUCCAACCCUCCACCUGUCCAAACCUCCACCUGUCCCAACCCUGUCUAACCCUCCAGCUGUGUCUAAGUCUUUAUUUAUUCUUCUUCUGUGCAUUCUAUCCUCUGCCUGUUUGAACCCGGAGGAUAUUUAUCGUAGUUCAGAUAUUUAUGAUGUGUUCUGCUUUGUGAUCAAACUCACUGCUUCAGUCUCAGUUUAGACAUGUCAUUCAACAUAAAGGAGAGUCUGUUACAUAAGCAUAUAACGUGUGUGUGUGUGUGUGUGUGUGUGUGUGUGUGUGUGUGUGUGUGUGUGUGUGUGUGUGUGUGUGUGUGUGUGUGUGUGUGUGUGUGUGUGUGUGUGUAACAUGUGUAUUAAUAAUAAUUAUGUUCUGAAUGAUUUCUGAGAGACCUGCAAUAAAAGCAUGUCAGUAA